GUUGGAAAAACAAUUUGGAAGGCCUCAAAGAUAAGGUAUGUGCUUUGUAACGAAUAUCGCAUUCCAUUGAGUGAGCCGUUUAUAAUGUUUAUAAACAUUAGGGUGCUGAGACUGCGCAGUACGGACUGGAAAUCAUCUUUAAACUAUGUUUGCACUCUCAUUCAAGCUCUGUAAAGAAAAGCUCUCGUGAGCGAUCGUUCCCUUGAGUGACCGCGUCCAAUUUUGGAAAUUACCAACUUGCCGUUUAAUUUACUUUUUUUAAGCUCUCGCAAGCGACCAUUCCAAGAGUCUGAUAUAUUGACUUAUGAGACACAGUACUGAAUAUGUGAUUCCGGGAGGUUUUCAAUCCUUGUGGAUUAAAUGGCUGUACAUUUGUGAAAUAAAGUGAUAUUCAAUAUUAGAGCUACUAGACUAUUAUUAUAACAACUAUUUACAUUUCGCUUGCUUUAUGCUAACUGUACUCGUAAAACAGCUCUCGUCGGUACGACCACUUUUUCGAAUUCUCGAGGUAGUCGCUGCUUACGAGAGCUUCGACUGUAUUACCCAAACCGAACGUUAUCAAUUGUAUGCUGCCACUAGAUAGUUUUUACCUAAUAAUAUUCAUUUAACUUUCCCAUCUAACAGUAAUGUGUACUGAAAACAACAAACUUCGGACCACCAACAGUUUCGAGCUACUCCAUGGCAACUUCUCCUGGAAAUGCACUCGUCGUUCUCUACAAAUUGAUUUGAGCUGCAAAGCAUCGCAACAAAAGAAUGCAACCCGAAUGUGCUGUGAAGUUUCUAUCCAAAACAAAAACAACACACUCACAAGAAGACCAGCUUCCUGCAAAGGGAUUGUUAGAACGAAGAAAUUCAACACAGACCACAAUCCAGAGGUUCGAAUCUUCAAUUGUGAAUGGGAAUGGUCUUCUCUUAACAUAUCGCUACAUAUCAACGUCUCACGGAAACAUGGCAUAUAUUACCCUUGCACUGCACCGCAUAACAAUACAUAUCUUCAAACUUGCCACAUGACACUAAGCACAACAGCAACUACCUUGACUACUGUGACCCGGAGCACUACAACAAGCUAUUUGCCUUCCGCUAAACGGACAACUGGUUCCUCUGCCAUCAACGAGACAUUGACUUCUGUUGGAAAAACCUUGACCAAAUCCGUUCACGGCGAAACAAGUAGGAAUUGUUCAGCUACUUUGAUUCAAGAGUUACUUAUGAAAAUAGAGGAGACAGUCCGUCUAUUCCUGAGUAGAAUUCUCAAUACUCCUGCUACUGUGCUACCAUCAUUCGUCGACAGGUUCAUAGAAUUACAUGGAAUUAUUACAACAAACGCCAAUGAUUCAUUGAUGGUUCCAGAUCCCUUGGAGGAAAAAGAAUCACAGGGAACAUUUAGUUUACAGCGCGGCUCCAUAGAUAUCGGUAGAGGUCGACUUGGAAUAGUAACAGUUGUAUUUAAAUUCAGCGCGCUUUGCAAUGAUACACGAGAUUUGGGAUUGGAUUCAGCAGAUACAAAUAGAUCUUCAUUAUUACAAUCUCCGAUAGUUUCAGUGUUGGCAAUGACUCAGAAUGGCAGCGUAGGUGCGCUUCAAAGAAACGCCACUCUCAGGUUUAAGAUUAAGAGAACGGAAGGAUCGUCUAUACGAUGCAUGUUCCUGAACCAUACUUCCACCUCUAACAAGUCUUUCUGGUCUGAUAACGGUAUGACAUUUGUAGACAACAGUGAAGACAACUUCACAACAUGCUUGACGGAUCACCUCACCAGUUUUGCUGUUCUUAUUGAUUAUAACAACGACGACGAGAAAAUACAGCUCAGCGACACAGAAAAACAAGUGUUGGAUUUGAUCACAAAAACUGGUUCUGGUUUUGCCAUUUUUUGUCUCCUUGCAUGUGUUUUUACUUUCGCUCGUGUCAGAGGCUUAUCAGAUAUGCGAUACCGAAUUCAUCUCAAUCUUUGUGCUGCCUUAGCCGCUGCGCAGUUGGUAUUUGUCACUGGUAUUGAUGCUACUAAAAUUAAAGGUGUCUGUGUUGCUGUCGCUGUUAUGCUCCAUUACUUUUUCACGGCAUCAUUUACCUGGAUGUUUGUUGAGGCUGUCCACCUGUUCCUAAAAAUCGUCUCAGUUUUCAACAUACGAAUCACUCGCAUGCGUUACUACGUGGCAAUAGGAUGGGGUAUACCAGUCCUCAUAGUUGCAAUCUCCGUAAGUGUAUAUCAUGAAGGGUACGGCACAUCAAAGCUUUGUUGGCUAAGCCUUGAUGGAGGCUUUAUUUGGGCAUUUCUCAUCCCAGUCGUAAUUAUUGUAUCGAUAAACGUUUUUGUUUUGGUCGCUAUCAUAGUUGUUCGUGUCUCCUUAAAAGGCAAUCCUUUGUCACCGGGUGAAAAUAAAAGAUUUGCUGCCGCUCUCAAGACAGUAAUAGUACUGUUUCCACUCCUCGGCCUUUGCUGGUUCUUUGGUAUUGUUGGAGUAAUGACAAAUAGCCGCCCAUUUAUUUAUGCUUUCGUAGUCCUAUCUUCUCUCCAGGGAUUUUUUAUUCUUGUGUUUCACUGCAUCGGAAACACCGAGGUACGGGGAUCACUAAAAGCACUCAAAGACCGUCAUUCAUUAGAGUCAAGCAUUAGGCAAGAACAGAAAAAGAGAUUGCGGGAAUCCCGGACAGAACAGAAGAUCAGCAGUUCAAUGAGAGCCAAUCCAGCCGGGAAAAAGAAUUUAAUCAAACAAGUUUCAGGACUAAAGCAAAGCAGAAAGAAAAGAGAAAAAGCUACCAACGUGUAACAGGCCGUAAAGCAAAGUUUAAAGAAUAGAAUAGACGUUUCAUAUCUGUGCUCUCCUAUGGGAUGAGCGCCCUAGAAAUUCAAAACUUUAACAUUUUCCCGAUACAAAUUUCUGCUUCAGAAACUCUCAUGUUUAGUGACCUGCAGCCAAUACGUAAACAAAAUAUUAUCCAACAUUGAUGUUUCAAAAAAACUUCUGUCGAAUCUUUCCUUUCUGGGGUACGCCGUGGUACGAAGUACUUCAAACUUUGCAGGAAAUUUCACACCGGAAAAGCAAUUUUGGAGAACUUAACUGGUGAACUAAAUGCAACUAACCGUGAUAAAGUAGUUCGAAAUAAAUCUGCAUGUUCUGUAGACGGCGCGAAAGCCGAUUAAAUGACAAAGUUGAGUAAACAAA